CUUCUCCCUUCUUUCUCUCCUCCUUCUCCGAGUCUCCUUCCUUCCUUCCUUCCUUCGGGGGGCCAGCCGGGACCAGCUCCUCUGCAGCGCCGUCCCUGCCAGCGGAGGCGGCGACAGCAGCGAAGCGGUUGCGGCGGGCGCGGGGGCGACCGGCUGGUUCGGGUGACGGAGAGCAGCAGCUGCCGCCGCCGCAAGAGGAGCCGCUGCUGGACGGAGCCGCCGGGACAGGCUGACCAAGACGGACCGGGCGUGGAGCACAGGAGCUCGGCCGGGCGACGAGCAGAAUUACCAUGUCACCUUUCCUGAGGAUUGGGCUGUCCAAUUUUGACAGCGGCCCCUACCUCCCUUCGCAAGGAGACGUGGUCGAUCCCUAUUGUGCCGUGAUGGUGAAGGAGGCAGCGGAGGCUGGUAAGGAAACACCUCUUUCAGGUCAGGACAUCAUUUGCUGUUGGUUCAACAAGGAAAGGUUUAAGAUCGACAUGCCCCACCGCUUCAAGGUGUACAACUAUAAAAGCCCCACCUUCUGUGACCAUUGUGGAACGCUGCUCUGGGGACUGGCACGGCAGGGCUUAAAAUGGCCCGAAGUCUACGUGAUUCGGAGCGGAUUUUACGAGAAGGACCGGUUGAAAUCUCCUGUAUGAAAGAGGAAUCGCUCAGCCCUUCUGCGCCCCCAACAGGCAAAAAGGGUUUUCCUUGUCGAACUCAAAACCACAAACCAGUUUUUCGCCAUGAAAGCCCUGAAGAAGGAGGUGGUUUUGAUGGACGAUGAUGUCGAAUGCACCAUGGUGGAGAAGCGCGUCCUCUCGCUGGCUUGGGAGCACCCAUUUCUCACCCACGUCUUCUGCACUUUCCAAACUAAGGAGAACCUCUUCUUUCUAAUGGAGUACCUCAACGGGGGAGAUCUGAUGUUCCAUAUUCAGAGCUGCCACAAAUUUGAAAUGGACCGAGCAAGUCCUUGACAAAGAAGGCCACAUCAAGAUUGCUGAUUUUGGAAUGUGCAAAGAGAACAUGUUAGGUGACGCUAAAACCAGCACCUUCUGUGGGACGCCCGAUUAUAUUGCCCCCGAGAUUCUUCUUGGGCAGAAAUACAACAUGGCCGUUGAUUGGUGGUCCUUUGGGGUUCUUCUGUACGAGAUGCUGAUUGGCCAGUCUCCCUUCCACGGCCAGGAUGAAGAACAGCUCUUCCAGUCCAUCCGCAUGGACAGCCCAUUCUACCCCCGCUGGCUUGACAAAAUUGCGAGGGACCUCUUAGUAAAG